AUGGUUUUCUCAGCAAUGUUGACGCUGGCCCACUCUGGGACCUCAAAUGCUACUUUUAUUGUUUAUGAAAAUGCCUAUACGAAUUUUACCACUCCCCAGUUCUUGCUUCGUAGUGGCACAACACAGCCAUUGAGAUAUAGUUCCGGUGCUGUGCUCACCACUGAGAGAAGUACUUUUCUGGUAAACACUACAGCUAUCCUGCCAUCACAAGAAGUUUUCAGGAGCUUGAGUUUGCCACUCCAGAUCAUUCUUUCUGCUGCUAUGAUAUUUAUCCUGUUGGUUUCUUUCCUUGGAAACUUUGUUGUCUGCCUCAUGGUCUACCAGAAGGCAGCUAUGCGAUCUGCAAUUAACAUCCUCUUAGCAAGCCUGGCUUUUGCAGACAUGCUGCUGGCAGUGCUGAACAUGCCUUUUGCUCUGAUAACAAUCAUCACCACUCAGUGGAUUUUUGGGGAUAUAUUCUGCAGAGUGUCUGCCAUGUUUUUCUGGCUUUUUGUCAUAGAGGGGGUAGCCAUUCUUCUUAUUAUUAGUAUUGACCGAUUUCUCAUCAUAGUUCAGAGGCAAGAUAAACUGAACCCUUACCGUGCAAAGAUUCUCAUUGUGAUUUCCUGGGCAGCAUCCUUUGUUGUUGCUUUUCCGUUAUCAGUAGGGAAUCCUAAUCUGCAGAUACCCUCGAGAGCACCUCAGUGUGUGUUUGGCUACUCUACAAGCCCAGGUUACCGAGCCUAUGUGAUAGUCAUCUUGCUAAUUUCUUUUUUUAUUCCAUUCCUAGUAAUGCUGUAUUCUUUUAUGGGCAUACUCAACACCGUCCGCCACAAUGCAGUUCGCAUCCAUAGCCACCCUGAUAGCAUAUGCCUCAGCCAGGCCAGCAAACUUGGUCUCAUGAGCUUACAGAGACCUUUUCAGAUGAAUAUUGAUAUGAGCUUUAAAACUCGUGCCUUCACAACCAUCUUAAUUUUGUUCCUUGUCUUCAUAGUCUGUUGGGCGCCCUUCACCACUUACAGCCUUAUUGCCACAUUCAACAGCCACUUCUACUACAAGCACAACUUUUUUGAGAUAAGCACUUGGCUCCUUUGGCUCUGCUACCUCAAGUCUGCACUGAACCCCCUGAUUUACUACUGGAGGAUUAAGAAGUUUCAUGAUGCAUGCUUGGACUUGAUGCCCAAAUACUUCAAGUUUUUGCCACAGCUACCUGGCCAUACAAGGCGGCGCAUUCGACCCAGUGCCAUCUAUGUGUGUGGGGAGCAUCGGUCAGUAGUGUGA